AUGUCUCUCGAAGUCAUCACCACAAUCUCCCCAAACACAAACGAGCCCAUCCUUACCAGGAAUGGCGCCUCUCAAGCUGACCUUGAGUCUCUCCCCAAGGUCGCCACUGAGGCUUUCCAGAGCUAUCGCAAGACAACGCUGAAGGAGCGUCAAGCUAUUGUUCGCAAGUUCCUCGAUGGCCUCUUGGCUAAGAAGGAUGAGCUCGGUGAAGAGUUGACCGUUCAGAUGGGCCGCCCCAUCUCUUACACACCGGGAGAGGUCGCCACAGCUGUCAAGAGGGGUGAAUACCUCCUCAAGAUUAGUGAUGAGGCCCUCAAGGACACCGACGGCGAGCCCGAGAAGGGCUUCAAGCGUUUCAUCCGAAAGGUCCCUGUCGGGCCUGUACUCAUCAUCUUUGCGUGGAACUACCCUUACCUUAUUCUGGUCAACUCUCUCAUUCCCGCUCUUCUUGCAGGCUGCAGUGUAAUCCUCAAGCCCUCACCUCAGACACCUACCAUCGUGGAACGGGUUACCGAUCUCCUGAAGGAGGCGGGCUUGCCUGAUGGUGUUUGCCAGUACUUCCACUGCGGCUCUCCCACUCUUAUGGAGACCAUUGUGCGCGAUCCCAAGAUCGCCCUAGUUUGUUUCACCGGCUCUGUCGCUGGAGGUCUCGCUGUGCAACAAGCUGCGUCUGACCGCAUUGUAAAUGUCGGUCUGGAGUUGGGUGGCAAGGACCCAGCAUAUGUUCGAUCAGAUGUCGAUGUUGAUUGGGCUGCUGCAGAGAUUGUUGACGGUGCCAUCUUCAACUCUGGCCAGAGCUGCUGCUCUAUCGAGCGUGUGUAUGUUGAUGAGAAGAUUCACGAUCAGUUUGUUGAGGCCGUGCAAAAGGUGCUCAAGAGCUACAAGCUCGGUGAUCCCUUUAACAAGGAGACUCAGCUGGGGCCUGUCGUUUCAAAGCGAUCAAAGCAGACUGCCGAGGAACAUGUUAAGGAUGCCGUCGACAGCGGUGCCAAGGAUGCCACUCCCGAAAACGAGACUUUCAGCAACCCUCCUACCAAGGGUAACUUUGUGAAACCCACCCUUCUGACCGGCGUCAACCACAGCAUGCGGGUCAUGACUGAGGAGUCGUUUGCCCCAAUUAUCCCUGUUAUGAAGGUCAAGGAUGACAGUGAGGCCGUCAAGUACAUGAACGACAGCGAGUUUGGCCUGACAGCCAGCAUCUGGACCAAGGACACAGACAAAGGAUACGAGCUUGCCGAGGAUGUGGAAGCCGGCACUGUAUUUGUCAACAGAUGCGAUUAUCCGGCACCGGAUCUGGCAUGGACUGGCUGGAAGAACUCAGGCAAGGGGCAGACACUCAGCAAGUUUGGAUUUGAUCAGUUUGUGAAGCUCAAGAGCUACCACCUGAAGGACUACCCAAACUAA